AUGGCCUCCCUUGACGAGUACUCCGUCGGGUGGGUUUGUACACUGCCCAUCGAGGUAGAGGCUGCCAAAGCUUCGUUUGACUGCAUUCAUGAGAACUUGCUACCUCCGAAUCUGAACCUCAACAACAACAACAACUAUAUUCUAGGAAGUCUUCAAGGCCAUAAGGUCGUACUGGCCUAUCCAAAUUGCCGCGCAGGUGAUGAUGGUGAAGAUGAUGAUAAACUAUCCUUAGCGGAUGUUGCCACGCAGUUACAGGCAAACUUCACAGCUGUUCGGAUCAUUCUUAUGGUUGGUAUUGCGGGUGCGGCUCCAAAGACGAACGAGGAUAUUCGUCUUGGUGAUAUUGUUGUAAGCAAUUCGGCAGUCGGUCUGCCGAGUGCCAUUCAGUAUGCCGCGAACGAAGAGCAUAUGGAAGAUCAACGUCUGCGUGGUAGAGCGCUAAGACGGCCGACUUCAUCACUGCUUCUCACAGCAACGAGGAAAGCCGAGACAGCCGCCAUCUUCGGUGACAGUAAAAUAGAUCAGUACGUCGGCGACAUUGUACGCAAAGACCCCGUCGUUUUCUCCCGCCCAGGUCCCGAACCAGACUUUCUCUUCCAGCCGAAUUAUGAUCAGGCAACUAUUGCUUACAGAGAAACCGCGCGCAGAGAUUGCGACCUGGGGAGAGACUGGUCCCGGCAGCCUCGGGAGACACAGGGACCUACAGUGCAUUAUGGCCUUAUCGCCGCCGGUCAUCAUGCGGUGCGCCACGGAACAACUAGAGACACAUUGCCGUACAAACAAAGCGUGCUUUGUUCCGAGACGGGUGGGACCGGCUUGAAGGAUGCUGCUCAAUACUUGAUUAUCCGAGGAAUCUGCAACUUUGCAGAUUCGCAUCACUCGAAGCUCUGGCACCCCUAUGCCGCAGUGACUGCAGCAGCGUACGCAAAGGAGGUCCUUUCGUUCAUACCCAAGGUUUCCAAGACAGUACCUCUGACACCCAACCCCGAGGCUGGGCCCAUUCUCAGCGCUUUGCUGUUGACCAGACCAGAGGUUGACCGAAAGUCGCUGCUUGUAUUGAAAGGGCGCAGAGCCGACGGCACGUGCAAAUGGCUCCCACAGCAUCCACGCUAUCGGGAGUGGUUGUCAAACCCAAAUCAACCACUGCUUUGGAUCUCGGGUGGCCCCGGAAAAGGAAAAACCAUGUUGGCGAUCUAUAUUACAGAAGUACUAGAGUCGGUUGGUGGUGGUGGUGGUAUCACCGGCGAUAAUCGGAAUUCGGCCUUGACCAUACUGAGAGGCCUCAUACAUCAGUGGAUUGAUCUUCAACCGCAUUUGGCCCAAUACAUCAAGAACUCCUUUGAGGGCACUGAGACGACCAAGUACACCGUUUCCAGCUUUGUCGCCCUGUGGAGUGUGGAAUUGCUCGGCCAGUUUCUCGAUGCCGUUGGAAACUAUUUGCCACGACUGAAGCUUAUUUUGCUCUCCCGGCCCCAUCCAGCUAUUUCGGGGAGCAGGCUCGGCCAGUAUCUGCACAUCAAAUUGGACGACUCCAAUGCGGAUACAGCAGAUGACGUCAAGAGGUACAUCACUGCCAAAAAUCUCUCCGACGAAAUGAUUGCGCAAGUUCGGCAGGCAUUAUUGGCCGGCGCCGAUGGUACCUUCUUGUGGCUUCAGGGGAGGAGUUGGGACAGAAUCAACGAAAUCAUCCACCGGAUGCCUAAAGGCCUAGCUGGACAAAUUAACGACAAGGAAGCGCUGGUGCCCAUUCUUCAGUGGGUGGUUCUCGCUGCCCGGCCCCUCACAAUUGACGAAUUGACAGCGGCCACAGACAUCAAGGCAUCCGAUACCCUUACUGCAGCCGAUGUGACCAAGGGGGAUUCGGCGAAAGAAUUCUUCCAGAGCAACCAGGUCAACAGCACCCACAAGAGUCUCAUGCGGACCUGCCUCGCACACGUCGAGCAUAGUUACCUCUCCACCGGCGCGACCGAUGAGAGGUUUGACCGCAGUCCACUCUUCCCUUAUGCUGCUCAAUACUGGCCGGUGCAUUUCUAUCACGCGAAUGACGCGGUUCAAGGCCCGUCCGAGUUCUCCCGUCCCUGGUGGAGAUUCUAUUGGGAGCAGGAGAGGAACGGCGGAAACGCGCCGGCGUUCACGCUCCUUCAUCUCGCUGCAUGGUUGAUCAGCAAGCAUGCUCGCCUCGUUUCGCGCAAGGAUAACUACGGCCGAACGCCGCUGUGCUGGGCCCUGCUCCUCGAUCACGAUCGAGGCCGGUUGACGGCACUCCAUAUCGCGGUCAAUGGACAGUACAAGGACAUCAGCAAGUCUGAGCAUGGAGACACCCCGCUGAUCCGAGCCAUUCAAACGAACUCAAAGGAGAUCAUCCAGAUGCUGCUUGAGCACGGCGCGCGCGUGGACGAACUGCCCACCCCCUCAGGAGUCGCCUCUCUGAGAAAGAGGGUGGAGGAGCUACUGGGACUUCGAGAACAGAUCUUCCUCGCCCGGUACAAGCAGGCGUCGCGAAAGGUCAACCUCGUCAUGAAGGCCCUCGGCCUUUCCUUCCGCUUCCCCAUCGUUCUUCCCCUGGUCACCCUUUAUCUGAAGUUUAAUAUGCCUGUGCUGCAGGAGGUCGCCAGGAGGCAAGCAUACCGUGAAUUCUUCGUCCAGCUGGUGGUUUCCAGGAAUCAGAAAGGGCUGCAGGCCAUGACCGACCUGCCGACGCAAGUGUUCCGGGAGGUCGCCCCCGGGGAUCUGCAAGCCCUUCUCGCCAAGCUCGCAGCCGUCCGACACGGGUGGAGAGAAGGCGAUGCCAUAACCGCCAGAGCAUUCUCGCAUUGGGCCGCGAUCGCCUGCCAGAGAGGCGCCGAGGAAUCUUUACACUACGGCGUCCGCGACUUCUUGAACGACUUCGACACCUCGAUCCGUAGCGGCAACCGGGAGGACAAUGUGGCGCGGACUGUGAAUGACGAGCCGCGGCCAAUCGAAUACUUCUCCGGGGUCAUCGCCGAGUUCUACGAAGGAUACAUUGGUGGCGCGCACGAAGCAUGCGCCGGUGAAUUGGCCGGCAUCAGCCAAAACCGCGAUUCCACUAGAUUACUUCUCUUCCUGACAAGGACAGGACGGGAUCGCUUCCUCAAUUUACCCUCCGCGGCAUGCUUGAUUGUCUGCCAGGAGAAUGCCAUGUCUCACCAGUGGCUGAUUGGCGAGGCGAUACCAGAGACGAUGGGAUUGCUUCGAAAGCGUGCGUGCAAAACCUUGGUGGAGUGCCUGAUCAUCGGGAAGCAACAUGGCUUGAUAUUGCAGGCGGCUGAAUUGAGACGAAGUGCGAAAGGAAGUCUGCAGUCUCUGCCCACCGACGUCCACGAGAUGGUAAGCCGGAUCAUCGACAUCUGA